AUGGACGAACUGUUGGCAGUUGUCUUUCAUCCGUCUAAAUUCAUACAAAUAUUUGGCAAACCAGAUCAAUUUCGAUAUGAAUAUCCAUUCUAUCCAGUAUAUCGUGUCGGUGGAAUCGUACAAUGUCAUUUAGUUAAUAUUCAAGAUGAUUUCAAAGCAUGGUACAAUAAUACAUUUGUACAUAAUGAAAAUUGUGGUUAA